AUGUCUUCCGACCAGCUCACCCCCGAGCAGCUUCAACUGGCUCGCGAGCAGAUUCAACUCAUCCGCGACCAGCGUUCGCUCGGCAUGCCCUUCCUCAACGAAGACCUGCCAUUCCUGGCUGAGUUCAACAGCCAUCCCUUUGUCAGCGUUGAAAGGGUCGUUGACAUCCUCGAGGAAGAAAACAGCGGCACCACCAGCGCCGCUGCUGAGGAUAUGCUCGCAGCUGAGCAUGAUAUGGGUGCUUCCAAUACUCUUGAGAUCAGCUUUGAAGAGCCCGGCGCUGGAUACGGUCCUUCUACCACCUCCACCGCUGCUGGUACCGAGACUGUCCCUGACAUGGACAUGUUCGAUGCCCCUGAAGUCGGUGCCGAUGACCCCUUUCCCAACCUUGCUACCGCUACCCACGCUAGCACCUCUUCUUCGGCCGCUACUCCCACCACCACCACCACCACCACUACCGCUCCUCCCGACGCCAAUGCCUUCAAGAAGUCGUGCAAGAUUUGCGCUAGCCGUAAGAUCAAGUGCGAGAUCAUCGCCGGCAGCAACCCACGUCUUUGCAAGUAUUGCCAGGAGAAGGGUCUCACCUGUGAGUUCGAGCUCAAGAAGUCUCGCCAGCAGGCACAGUCUUGA